AUGGAUAAUGAACUCAAUCGAUAUUAUAUAAAAAUUCGAACUAUUUUGGGAAUAGAUCCAAAGACAAUUCAUGAAGAACUUGUAACAGCUUUGGGACCCAAUGCUCCAUCAUAUACAACAGUUACAAGAUGGGCAAAACGUUUUCGUGAAGGAAGAGAAGAAGUCAAUGAUGAUCCUCGAUUUAGUCGUCCAAUAUCCGAACUUACAGAUGAAAAUAGGGGUGGUACUUUACUUUUACUUUAUAAAAUAAAAGUAAAUGAAUCCUUUACUCUUAAAAAUAAAGAUAAAUGGAUCCUUUAUUUUUUUAAGAUUACAUCUCGUUGGGUACCCCAUGAACUAACUGAUGAACAAAAACAACAACGAGUUCAACUUUGUCGUGAAAAUUUGGCCAAAUUUCAAACUGGUUCUGGGCGAUUAUGUGAUAUUAUAACAGGUGAUGAAACAUGGAUUUACCAUAGACAGAUUUAUCACAAGUCAAAGAACGCAAGCUGGGUUGGCGAAGGUGAAUCACCAACUACUGUAGUUCGUCGAAGCAGAUUUGAACCAAAAAAUUUAUUUUCUAUUUUCUUUAAAUCAAAUGGUCCUGUUCUUAUACAUUGUGUUGAUGAAGGCAAGACUAUAGAUCACAACUACUAUAUUGAAAAUUGCCUCAAGCCUGUUGUCAAGGAAAUAUUGAAGCAAAGAAGGUCAGCAGGUACACAAGGUAUCAAAUUGCUUCACGACAAUGCUCGACCCCACACUCAUUCUGAUGUUAUUAAUUAUCUAACAGAACAACAUAUCAAAAUAAUGCCACAUCCACCAUAUUCACCUGACCUUGCACCAUGUGAUUAUUGGCUUAAUGAUUACAUCAAGUGUAAUUUAAGUGAUCAACCAAAUGAAAAAUCAUUAGCUCGUGCGGUAUUCAAGGUGGUGAAAAAUAUUCCUGAAGAAGAAUAUAAAAAAACUUUCGACAAACUGUUAGAAAGGAUGGAACUUUGUAUAAAUAAUCAUGGGGACUAUUUUGAACAUUUAAUAAAAUAA